CAUGGUUGGGCGUUCUUCAUUGAGUGUGAGAGGUUUUACCAUGGCAAGUGAUGAAAGUUAAAGGUUUUGUCCUGAGGAGUUAAAAAAAGUGUUUCCUCAAGGAAGCAGCUGGUAAUGCUUUAUUUAACCGAAGAAGCUAAGCUUGGUAUAGUGAGCGGGGCAAUAGCGAUCCUUAUUCUUAUGGUCGUUUGCAUGGUCUGCAAGCUAAGUCGACUCCACAAACAGCCAGCGUACAAAGACUCGUCGUACCUCAAGACUACUGCUGACAAGAAUACUGCUGCAAAAGUAUCUGUCAUCCCAUUCCCAAGUUUUGCUGCUGAAUGCAGCGAGUGUGAACUGGAAAAAAGAAAUAAAAUGAACGGAGAGAUAGAGCUGCAAACUUCCCAAAGGCUAAGUCCGCCAAAAAAUAAAGGAAGAAUUAAAUUUUCUAUGGUUUAUCAAAAUGAAAUACAAACUCUUUUGUUGACUAUCAUCGAGGCAAGCCAGCUGGUCGGAAAAGACUUCUGGGAUAGUGUAGAUACCUACGUAAAAGUGAGGCUUCAACCAGAUGAAGAAGGAAUUUUGAAGGGACAGACGGACGUCUUCAGGAAAUCCACAAAUCCAAAAUUUGGAGAGAGUUAUGAGUUUAACAUGUCAUUACAAGAUGUGGAAAAUUCCAUUCUUCAUUUAUCUGUUUGGGAAAUUGACAAGUACUCCCGGCAUCACAUAAUCGGAGAGGUUCAAGUUGAACUUGGCCAUGUGCUCAAGGCAGAUGAGUCUGUUGCCUUUGAUAAGGAGCUGAGGUCAUUUCAAAAGACAAAAGCCAAUCUGGGGGAGAUUUUAUUCUCCCUCAGCUAUAUGCCAACUGCUGAGAGAAUGUCAAUAGUAUUAAUGAAGGCCAGAAACCUUAGUCCACCACUCAGCGACUGGAACACUGAGUCAAAACCAAUCAAUCCAUUCAUCAAAGUUGUUCUUUUAUUCGAUGGCAAAAAAGUGAAGAAAAAGAAAACGUCCACAAGGAAACAGGAGCCUAAUCCUGUUUAUAAUGAGUGUAUGAUGUUUGACGUCCCCCCAGACCUCCUCCACAGGGUUCUGUUUGUCAUAUCAGUAGCUGACGCUAAAUCAGACUCCACAAGAAGUGACGUAAUUGGUCGAGUGGUAAUAGGCUCAGCUACCACUGGAGAAUCCCUCAGGCACUGGCAUCAAAUGUUGAUAUCGCCGCGGAGGCCUGUCGCGGCCUGGCACCGACUCAAACUUUAAGGACACUGGUACUAGAGAAAUGAAAAAUUACAUAAUUUUGAUUUAGCUUGAUAAACUUGGAGGUACUUUGGACAUUUUUUACACAAUGAAGUUUCAGUAAUUAAUUCACAACAAUUAUCCAUAAAAGACAAAUUCUGGUCACGAGGAUGACAACAGCAAAGUAGCACUUAGAGACUAAGAUCUGCGAGAUGAGGCGUGACAUGCUUACUCUUAUCUCAUACCCAGAUCCUACUACACAACCGGUUGGCCGUGAAAGGUCUGGGUACAAAACUAUAGUUACACCCCACUGGACCUCAAAUCAUGAGGUCCUGCACCUAGGCAUAUCUAGUUACUUAUUUUGUGACUUUUUUGGGAGCGUUAGACGAAAAUG